GAGAACGUAAUAAACACAUCCUGCGGUUUCGGGGUUCAGAAGCUGCCGUUAGAGGAGGCUGCUCGUCAAGUCUGGACGGUGGGUUGUAUUCAGGCUCUGAUUACUGUCCUCGAGGCCAACGUCGUCCCGGUAUCCUGUGUCAUCAGUGGCAUUGCUGUCCUACAGGUUCAUACUUCUUGUGCUCUUUUACUGUUUGCCCCGCCGAUCCGCCGUUAGUACUUCCCGAAUAA